UUUUAAGAGUUAAUAUUGUUAACGUCUUGGAGAAUAAUGGCGUCUUUAGAAGAAAAUUCUUCAGAGAGUCCUACCAUGGAGUUUACCGAGGAAUCAAUGCCGAACGUAGAGCAUUCUCUCACCACUACAAUAACACCAAACAUCACUUCAAAUUCCUCUGUAUCACCGCCCCAAAUCCUGAUCAAUUCAACCUCAUUGCCUCCUCCACGAGCACCAGUACCGCAGCCACCUUCUGCCACUGCUUCACCAUCACUAGCACUACAGUCACCUUCUACGCUUACAUUAGCAGCAGCAGCAGUGCCGCCGCCGCCACCCAGAUUCCCUAAUGACCGCGAUGACGAUCAUUAUUUCAAUAGUUUCCCACCUGGAUAUAGGUUUUGCCCGCAUGAUCAUGAGCUGGUGAUACAUUACUUGACCAAUAAGGUUAAAGGUUUGCCAUUGCCUCGGAACAAAAUUGUAGAUGUUAUUCUCUACCAAUACGAUCCCGAGUAUCUUGCAGAUAGAUACAAGAAAUUUGGGGAAAAAGAAUGGUACUUCUUCACACCUCGGGACAGAAAGUACAAGAAUGGAAGUAGACCUAAUCGAGCUGCCAAUGGUGGAUAUUGGAAAGCCACUGGAGCUGAUAAGAACAUCAUACAUGAUGAAGCUGUUGUUGGAUAUAGAAAGGCACUCGUUUAUUACACCGGGAAGGCUCCAAAGGGUGACAAAACCAACUGGAUAAUGCACGAGUUUAGAGUGAAUAAUCCACUUCCUCAAGUCAGAAAUCAUAGAGAUGACAUGAGGCUGGAUGACUGGGUUCUGUGCAGGAUUUACAAGAAACAGGAGAAGCGUAAUAAUAUCAGAAAUGGACAAAGGAAUGAGGAAUUUACUAAUGUCAUAAAUGAACAAAGGAAUGAGGAACAUUCUUCAGGGUCAAUGGAUGAUAUUGAUGAAGAUUAUCUCCAUGAUCAUAAUUCAAAUGAGCUGGCUGCUAUGGGCGCUGACUAUGCUGGGGAGAUUUACGACAUGGGUACCGGUUCUUUAGAGAAUGCUUUCCCAGUAUUUAAUGAGUUAAGUCAACAACCGACUGCUCUGAGAGGAUACUCAGAUGUUAUCAACUUUUUUCCAGCUCCUGCUCACCAUAGCAGGACGUUGCCAGAUACACAGGUCCCCAAUUUGGCUGAGACAUUUGGAAAUCCUGCCCCAGUUUUCCCCGUUAAUCCUGACAACUGGCCAUACAGGCAAAGGGGAUACCUCGAAGAGUUUCUGAAUCAUACGAACUGGUCUCAGGUUAACAUUCCCGGCCAAUCUUUUGACCGCUAUUCUGUCAAGCCAACUUUUCUUCCAGGAAAUCCUGCUCCUCUUGUCAACCUUCGUCCCACAAAUACUGCUCGUCCUUCUCACGGCCUUCCUUACAUGAAUACCGCUCCUCCAGCUGGCAGCCUUCCUCCUAUAAACACUGCUCAUCCUGCUGGCUGCCUCCCUCCCACAAAUACUCCUUUUCUUACCAGGCGCCAUCCUCCCACAAAUCCUGCAAAUAGUCAGCCAACGACACUGACGGAUGUUGGUGCCAAACCUCCAAGACAGCCUCCUCAGCACUUACGAUAA